AUGGUUAUUUUAUCACCCCAUUAUAAUAAUGAUGACACUUUUGGGAAUUCUGACAUGGAUGAUAUGGAGUGGAAUCCAGAAAAACAACUUUUGUUAGAGAAUUAUAUCACGAAUUAUAAUGGACAACUUAAUGACACCAGAUUAUUUUACAAUAACUUAGAUUGGAAUUACAUUUUUAAUUUAGUUGGUGUUAACGAUCAAGAGUUUUUGAUGUUAAAGAUUGAUGAAAUAUAUGAUGAAUCAAUAAAUGUGUACUUCAAAGAUGACUUUAAUAUAAAUCAACUCGUGGACCAUUGGAAGUCGAAAAGCAAUCCCAUUUACCAAGAAGUUGUACAAAUAGUGGAGUCCUUGGGAUUAGAAUCAUUUAAACUAGAAGCUCUAGAAGAAUCAAGUUCGAAUCAAACACCAGCUAAAAUUACGACCAAGACCGAGACAAUUGUUACAACACCAACCACAGCUAAAAGAGUGUCAUCUACACCAGUUCCAAAAUUAACCAAAACAGAAAGAAGAUUAUCACUUGAUUUAAUGCACCCAAGACCUUCAUUUGGACUAAAUCAAGAAUCACAAUUGGUAAAACCACCAAUCACAAGUACUACCAAUAUUCAUGUACAUGCCCAACAAGAAACAGCAUCAGACCUAAACCCGCCAGUAAAUCUACCUUCAAAGAAAAAAUUUACUUUCAAUAAAGCCAAGUUUACAAUAUCAACAAACAAACGACAACAGGAACAACAAACUAACACUGCACCUCGCCAACGGAGAACAUCUACUGUGGAUGAACAAUUACCAUUGUAUAUAAGAAAACAAUUGACCAAGAAUCGACCGCAACAAACAAUCACCCCUAAACCAUCGAAGCACCAGUUUGCUCAAAAUUCAUCACCAGCGAAUUCGUCACCUCGUGGAAGUUACAAGAGAUCUUCACGUAUACAAAAUCUAUUGUCUAAUUCGCAGUCAUUAUAUGUACAUUCGAAAGAUCCGGCAAAUAGUGCAGAAACAAGCACACACACAAGCAAUGAUACAGAUCUACGAUUACGUUAUUAUUCUGACGAGCUCGAUGAUGAAGAUAAUAGAGAGUAUAUACUGCCUGAUCUGCUAACACGUUAUUUUGGAGUACAUGAAGAUCAAGAAGCUGAAGAUAAUACAGAUAACGAUGCAGAUGAUGAUUCUGAGGAAGAAGAAGAAGAGGAGGAAAAUGAUUUUGUUAAUGUUGGUGAUGAUCACGAUGAUUAUUUAUUUAAAAUAUAA